UUAAUCGAAAUCAUUAAGCUUUCCCUGGUGAAAAAAUGCUUCCGUUUAGAUACUUGCGUGCUGCCACGACAGUCCUGGCGCUUCGAUCUCGCAAUGAAAAAGAACUUUCAACGAACGAUUGGCAAGAGAUACGGAUACGACAUGGGGCUUGAAGAUCGAAUAUUGCUAUCUUCUCUUGGGCGGCGUGAGAGACGUUUGGACCAGAAGAAAAUGGCACAACUGUCGGCGAUCCUUGAAGCACAGAUCAGUGAUGCUGCUUCAGCUAACCCUGAAGUUUCUGUGACUGUUAAUAGCUCGUUCACUGAGGUGAAGGUAUGGUGGCUUUGCGAUGACAAGAUUGAGGAAUGUCUGGAGCGUCAGCGUCACUCUCUAAGAAAAGCAGUGGCGGACUCGAUAGGUGUGAACUGUCCCACACUACAAUUCCUGCCCGAUCGGUCCAAAUUAAUGGAGCAGGAAAUGGACAGGUUAUUUCAAAUGGCUGACUAUGGCAUGGAUUAUCGAGCUGUAAGUCACACUGGACGGGUGCUGGGAGGAGCUGGAGAACCAAAGAGACGGUGGUUCAUCUGGAGAAGGAAAAAAAAA